CCACCACCACCACCACCACUACCACCAGCACCACCACCACCAGCAUGCCUGUGAUCCUAGGGGAGGCCAGCAUCCUCGCCACCCCGCUCUCCGGGGUCCGCAUCUGGGCGCUCGUGUCCGGGUGCAUCACCUUCAGUCUGGCGGCCUCCAAGGGUGGAACCGGAGCGCCCAGCCCAACACCAACACUGACACUGACGGCACCGGACCACCUGGUGGCGCCACCUCUACCUCAGGACGUCGUCCACCUGCACCUGGUCUCCGUGCUCCACACCUUCUGCAUGUUCGUCUGGUGCUUCUUCUUCGUCCUCACCCUCCUCAUCCUCGCCGUCACCUUCGUCCAGUUCCACAGCCUGCUGCCCUUCUCCUGGAAGAACCUGACGGUGACGGUGUCGUCGCUGGCCUCGCUCCUCACCCUGGUGGCCAGCGUGGCGUUCCCCUGGCUGGUGGUGGCUUCUGGGAAGGCCACUGGAGACGGUGGAGGAGCCAGCGUGGUGGCCACCACCAUCUUCUCCUGCCUGACGUGCGUGGCCUACGCGGCGGAGACGCACCUCCUGCGGCGCGAGCAGGGCGGCUACAUGGCCAGCGUCCCUGGCCUCCUCAAGGUGCUCCAGGUGUUCGGAGGCGCCAUGGCUCUCCUGUUGGUGGCGGAGCAGGCGCAGUACCACCACCAGCACCACCAGGGGGAGUCGUCGUCUCCUCCCGGUCCCGGCUGGCAGGUGGUGGGUCCCGGCUGGCAGGUGGUGGGUCCCGGCUGGCAGGUGGUGGGUCCCGGCUUGGCGUACGGCCUCUGCCUGGCGGCCUCGCUGUUCACGGUGGCGGUGAUGGUGGGGGACUGUGCCGGGCGCUGCCCCGUGCCCUUUGACCGCGUCCUGGCGGCGCUGAGCAUGCUGGGAGUGCUGCUGUACAUGGCGGCGGCCGUCAUGAGCUCCACCAAGGUGCUGCAGAUGCACCAGGUGGUCCAGCACAAGGUCAAGGUCAAGGUCAACGCGGCGCUGCGCGGAGGAGGAGCUGAGGAGGAGAUGAAGGUGGCGCUGGUCUCGGAGAUGGUGUUUGCCUGCGUCACGCUGCUGAGUUACACGGUGGACUUGGCCUUCUCCGUGAAGCUCCUGUGUGACAGGAAUUGA